AUGGACGGCGCCUGGCAAGCCGACCCGCCGCACGCGACCACCCCCAACGGCAGCACGAACGGCGUCCACGUCGCCCAAGUCCAUCUCUCCCAAGUCCUUGAGGCCCUGCAUUCCAUCUACGACCCGGCCAGCUCCAAUACCACCCGCCGCCAGGCCACCCAAUACCUCGAAUCUGCAAAGCAUCACCCCGAUGCCCCUGCCCAUGGCCGCAACCUCGCCCUUGACCGCUCUCAGCCUGCACAGCUCCGCCACUAUGGCCUCACCAUGCUCGAGCACGCCAUCCUCUAUAACUGGGAAGACUUUACCGUUGCCCAAGGGGAGGCGCUCCGGGACUGCGUUGUUGAGCUGGCCCAGAGCAUCACCGAGGAUGAUCCCGUGUACCUACGGAACAAGGUCGCUCACCUGUGGGUCGAAGUUGCGAAGCGCUCCUGGGGCGACGAAUGGCUCAACAUGGACGAGCAGCUGGUGGCCCUCUGGCAAACCUCGUUACAUCACCAGGCCGUUGUUCUGUACGUGCUGGAGACGCUGUCCGAGGAAGUCUUCAACCGUGAGGAUGCCACGGCGGGACUACGGGGUAGCGACCUGGGUCGGGCCUGCGUCGAGAUCUUCACCCCUGCCGAAGUGCUCACCCAGCAGCUUCCCACUCGUGACAAAGGCUUAGCCGUCCGGUUUGGUGACGAGGGCUGGUUGAGGCGGUUGUGCGACAAUCUCAAUUGGUGCCUAUCCCAGGAUUUCAGGAACGAGGAACGCGUGCGAACUUGUGCCGUGAAGACCAUGAACGCCCUUCGAGCAUCCAUGUCGUGGAUCAUGCCCAAGGCCAUCUCCGCCUUGCAAAUCAUACAGAAUGUCUCCAGGGUGUUGGCUGCGCCUGUUGUAGAUUUACAAUUGGCUGCCAUUGAAGUCAUCCAGGCCAUAUAUCUGCGGCACCAUCUCCAUGAUGAAGACAUCGUAGAGUUGGUCAGCCCCAUGCUCACGGUCGACAGUGUCAAUCUUUUGCGUGAAGUAUACAAUUGGACACUGUCCGACAUGGAUGCGCAUGAUAUCCAUGAGCAAAAGUAUAUGCUCUGCAAGAAGAUUGCAGAGAUUGGUAACAGCCUCGGAUUGUUCGUCGAGCAGAAGCUCCGCGAUCUGCCAGAAGGAAGUAACAUUCCCGGCUUUCUUGAGCUGCUGUUCGACAUCACUCGUAACCCUAGUCUUUUUGUUUCUAUCCCGGUCCUGCAUUGCUGGACGAAGCUGCUAAGAUCUCGCUUCCUGCGAGAAAAUUUCGCCCAACAGAUCAUGAUGCCCCUGUUGGAGCUAUGUUGUGCGCGCCUGAUCCGUUACGAAGCGUUCCCUGAGGAUUCAGAGAAUCCCACUAUCCUCUUCCUGAAUGAAGACGUAGAUACCGUUCCGGAACGCCAUGCUUUUCUCGGAAAUUACAGACGCUACUGUGUGGAUAUCAUCGAGACUGCGGUGCGGCACCACCCGAUUGACGCCAUGACGCUGGUGCUCACCCAGGCUACGACCAUGUUCCAAAACUUGUACCAAGACGAGCCUCCGUUUCAACCACAAACAUUCUCCAAGAGCUCAAUGCCGGUCCUGCGUGUAGAUGCACAUGUAACAAUCAUUGAUGCGGCGCUCAAAGGAUACCUGAAGUGGCUCUCCAUGCCUCCGUCUGCAGAUCCUGAAGAAUUUGAGGACAUACGCGUCCGAAUGGAAGAGUCAUUUGAACAGUGGUGUAGUCAACUUAUACAAGCUAGAUUUGAGGAUCCGGAGAUUACGAAGAAAGUCGUCCAACUCAUGUCCACAUUCUCGACGAAAGCCCUCCCGGACCGACCGCAUUUUGCACUUUCUUUCCUCGAAUACUUACUCACCGUCAAAUUGGCGGAUAACCCUUCUUUGCUUCCCUACUCGGAAUCCGUAAAAGACCUUGAUCGUAUGUGUAGCCUGGAGAUGCAGAAGCUCGCGAUGAAGUUCCCGGACGAUUUCAUGAAUGUAUACGAUACGUUAGAACAGAAGAUAAAGGAAUUAGUUGCGUCUCCGGAAUCAGACGAGAGGCAACGCUUGGCGUUCAACGCUUUUCUCUUCAUAAUCAUACAUCGCUGCACAACACUAGAUAGAGAUACUAAAGCCAACCGCAUGAGGCAGAUAUUGGGCCAAGUCAAUGCCGCUUGGCAAAGCGAAGAGCUCACGAAAUCCAUCUCCAACUUCCAGUCCUUCUGCGCUAUGCUGGGCAUGGAGCACCUCCCGGAGUUUUUCUCCACACACAACUUCGAAGACGUGCAGGACUGGUCAGACCAGCCUCUCCCCAGCGAAGGCCAGGCGUUACAGGCGGCUAUUCUGGAACGUUCAAACCACCUGCCGCUACGGCUAACGAAAACGCUACUGGCGGCGUCCAUCGAGAAGCUGCGUGAUGGAUCACCUGCAUAUGAGAUUGCUGCGUCUUUAUGGGCCGAUGCAAUACCUGUCGUACUCCCGAACAUUCUCCAGCUCGUGAGCCAUGCACAAGCGUUCAAUAACGUCGAGGCCAGCUGGGCACAUCUACCGCCCGAUUUACAGCAAGUCAUCCGGCGAGUUCUAACGGACAGGUUCUGGCAAGCUGGCAUCUCGACCGAGAGCCGCGAGGACUUCUUCGCAAGGGUGAGCAGCUCCAAGUCGACGUAUGAAGGCUUUGCAUCCACUGUUCGAGGCACGGUCCGCCAGAUUCGCGAGAGCUCCUACUUCAUUCUCUACUCCUUGACCCGCUUCCCCGAUUCUUUCUACAGCAUCAGCGACUUGCCGGAGCACUUUCUUCCGCCUAUGAUUGAAGGCCUGUUCGGGGAGCUGAAUCGGAAGAUCAGCUCAGAGUGGGAUGCUGUCAACCGGCAGGUCGCCCAGGCAGGAGACAAUGAUAACCUAACCGACGAGAUGAAGACGGAGAGUAUCCUACGGCAACUCACCUAUUCAUCCGUUUCACUUGUCGCCAGUCUCCUCGAUUUCCGACAAGGUAUCACAGACAACACCCAACAAGACCACCAAGCCCAGUCCCCUUCCAUGCCCACCUUCAUCCUCUCGCACCUCUCCGUACUCUCGCCCAUCCUCCUCUUCAGCAACUCGACGCUCCGCGUCCGCGACACCCGCUCCGUGCUCACGACCAUCCGCGUCCUCCGCUCCCUCAUCCCGCGCUUUCGCGAGGCCUCGCCCAUCCGGUCCUUCUUCUGCGACGACGUGCUCAAGAACGCAAUCACGAGCCUGCACGAACCGUACUUUGUGGAUUGCCAGAAGGAGCUGGCGAGCCUGAUUGCGGCUAUUAUUCUCCUGGAGGAGGAGACGCCGAGGAAUAUCCUGUUGAGCCUACCAGGCGUGGGGUCGGAUCCCGCGCGGCUGGAUCGACGGUUGGCGAAGCUGAGGAGUGCGAACAGGAGCGAUGAGCGGUUGCAGAGGAGUAUCGUGUUGGAUCUGUUGGCGAGUUUGAGGGGCGUGAGUAUCCACGAGCUGGGCAAGGUGGAGAGGGGGAGGGGGAUUGGAGGUGGCGGAGGUGCGAGGAAUAGGGGCAAGGUCAUGGAGCAGUAUAUGCAGAUGAGCGUGGAGACGCAGCCGGGGAUUGUGAGGGGUGGAAGUCCCGGGUUGGAAGGCGUUGCGGGCAUGUUUGGGGGCGAGUAG